GAAACCAUGGACUCGUUAACAGAAGAAGCUGUGAAGUUUUAUAUUAUGAACAAGGUGGAUCCGAGACAACGUCUGCUCUCCAAGAUUGUGGAAGAGGUACAGGACGUCGUUCAUCGAUUGACCAAAGAAAUCAGCUACAAAGACAUUAGAUUCCAAGCCGUUUCUAAAUCAGUCUAUCACAAUGAAAACUUAAAGGUUUUGGCACCCACCCUGUUUGUCGUCACAGUCCCAAUAAAAGGACUACUUGGGUAUAGAAAGAGCCAGUCCCGACGAUGGAGGUAUUAUUCCGUGAGUGGCUCUAAGCUCUUCUCUCCUAUUCGGGAUCCUGAAGAAAUGUACCAAUGGCUAGAGAUAAAUCAGUUUUUGAAGACUCUACGGCAGUGGCAUGAAACGGAUGUGACAUUGGAUGGAGACAUCAUGCCAGCUAAGGUCGUUGAAGUGUUCCAGAAGCUGGUGGAAGACUCAAUUACAGCCUGCAAUCUCUCUGAUGAAGUCAGCAUAUUAGACAGUUUUGGCCCUGUUGUUCGAUUGACGGUGGAGACAUCAGAAUUUCAGGUGGAGGUAGAGCUGAUUCCGGUGGUGGAGAUCCUCAACCGUUGGUGCGAGAAAGCUCACUGGCCUCGAUGUUUCUCCCGAUGGCCUUCUCGGGAGAAAGUACAGUGUGUUAAGUCAUUCGGGUUUAACCUGAUGGCUCGCUCUAGUUACCACUGGCAAGUGAGCUUCGACCGAGCUGAGAAUAUGCUGAUGGAGGGGAUAGAUGACGAUGGCGGCUGCCGAAAGAUAUGUUACCGGGUCCUGAGACAGAUGAAAGAGGACGUUUGGUGUCCUGGAAACAGACCCGUCAUCACAUCCCAGCAUCUUCAGACUAUACUGUUUUGGACUUGUGAAAAGUACCCACGUUCCAAAGACUGGCGUAUCUUCAAAAAAGCCUUCUUGCGCCUGGUCCGUAAACUACACAAGUGUGUGAACCAGCACUACCUGAAACACUUUUUCAUCAAGGACACCAACAUGCUUCAGUAUGCCAGCAGAAGUGAGUUGGAUAUAGUGGCCCAAAAGCUGACCUAUUUCCUAAAGAAACCUGUGCUCCAAGAAGACUGA